GCGGGUUCUUUGACAAGUUGUUGCAUGCGCUGUUGACUGUUUCCAUAGAUGAAAAUGGGAUACCUCAUCUGACAAUAGGUCAAUUUUACCGUAACUGAAUUACUGCUGUGCAAAGAUGGCUGACAAACCAAAGGUUAAGCGUCGGAAACAGAAACUGCUCAGUGGCAAAGAUGGAGAAGAGGAAGGACUCGUCAAUCCCGGGAAUUGACUCCGACACAGAGGCAGCAUACCAGGCCUUUUCCCAGACAGAGGGGGAAUCUUCAGCUGCAGAACUCAGUGCCAGAGAGGAAGUGGAGCAGGCCCACUCCCUGGUGAAGGAUGUGAAGACCAGGCACAAGCGGCGGCAGAAAGAGCUGUCCCAACUCGUGACGCCUAAAGACGAUGUGAGUGGGGAGCUGAAGACGAUGAAGAUGAAGAGUCGAAAGAAGAUUGAGGAGGAGACAGCCAGGGAGGAAGAGCUCGCUGCAGCCAUUGCCGCUGCUGAGGCAGAGGAGUCGGCACGGGAGGCGGAGGUGAGCCAGCCGUUGGAGACGGAAGAUGGAACAAUCCCCAUGCCUGCAGAAGAGGAAGUGACAGAGACCAUCAAGCCAGAGGAAGAGACUAUACCUACAGGGGAAGUCUCCAUCCCUGACACCACAGUGGAGACAGCGCCACCUGACACAGGUGACAUCCCCAAGGCUACAGAGACCACAGAAUCUACAGAGACAACAAAAACCCCACGGGGAUCAUCUCUCCGUGCCAAGAUGAAGAAACGGCUUGAGAAAGCAAGGGAGCAAGCUGAAGAUGAGUUGAGAGAGGAGGCAAGGGAGGAGCGUGCCAGACAGCGGGAUAUCAGGCAGGAGAAGGCGAGGACACGGUUUGACACAGAGAUCACUGAGGAGGAAAUGGAAGAAAAACUUGAAGCGCAGAAAAUGAAGCUUCGCUGGAAGAAGAAAGGUCCAAAGUCGGAUAAGGAAAUGGGGAUGCCAACUGCGGAAGAGGCGUUUGACUUCUUCACCCGUGAGUAUGAGCCCGAACCAGAAGUGGAGGAGAAGAAAGAAGGGGAAGCCAAACCCGAGGACAAGGAGGAGACUGAGCCCAAAGAGGGGACAAGUGAGGAGAAAGAGGAGGGAAAAGAAGAGGAAGGAGAUAAAAAGGAAAGUGACAAACCAGAAGAUGAGAAGCCCCUUCUAGAAGACUUUGGUGUUGAGGGUGAUGAGGGAGGGUACGGUCAGACCACCGUGGGCCGAGCCGAGGUUACUGCCCCUGAUAAGCUUCGAGAGAAGGAGGAGAAAUUACUGUAUAUCCCAUCACUCAUCAGCCGCCAGCCUCGCGGAAGGAGCCAGAGCCUCACCUUUUGCAAGAGGCUUCAUGAGGAGCGCCACGAGCACGCACCUUGUCAUGCACGGCGGGCGCCCGCUGAAGCAAGCGCCAUAUGUCGGAUCGACACUGACUCCCAGACAUUCGCUGCAAUCAUGCGAGAGUUUGACUGCCGCUACAUCGAUGGAGCUAUUGACGGCUCAGGGCGGUACCAGCUGGACGUCGACAUCAACUCCAUCACCUUCACACAUCAUCAUUUGUUCAGCAGGGAACAUGUCCUCUCACAACGCCUGACAGAGCUCUACCGACAGUACCUCAUCAGAAAGAAAAAAAAUAUCACGGAAUUCCUCAUUGAGAAGCUGAGAGCUCUGAAGAACUCUGCCCUUCAUCUGAAGGAUCAUAUCUUGUCACACAAGGGGGAGAUGAGUGUACCAGACAGAGCGAACUACGAGAGAAGACUUGUCGAUUACAAGUAUGAAAUAAGACAGACCCGCGUGAUGCGGGAUCGCGAGGAGCUUGCAGACCGACAGCUUCUGAAGAAUAUCAUCAAUACCUGGAAGGAGGUGAAGAAACAGAGGGAGUUCCAGAAGUUCACCUCCACCACCGUCAAACUACAGGUCCGCAGAGAGGAGAUGGAUAAAGUGCGGGAUCAGGAAGUGUGGAAGCUGGAGAUGGAGGAGGAGCUGGAGGAGGCACGGGAGGAACAUGAGGAGGAAUACAAUCGCAAGAUGGCGAUCUUCCGGGAACAGAACCUGCUGUGGGAGAAACAGCAGGCUGACAAGAGAGAGGCCGAGAAAAAAAUUAAGAAAGGCCGUGAGCAUCAAAAGCAUCAAAGGCAUCUCGACAGAGUGGCAGCGCUUCAGGCACAGAGGAGCAGACGGAGUCCUAGAGCUCAGCAUACAAGUAAAUAUCAGGGUUGGAAGGAGUCUCUGAAAGCUGCCCAGGAGAUUAUUGAUGCGGAAGAGCUGCCAAAGCCUGAGAUGCCUGAGAAGUUUGAAGAACAAGCCAUCAAAGAGGCAAUCAGAGUCAAGGCCAUGCAGAACAGGAGACGGCCAGGAGAGCCCAAGCUGUUCCCGGAACUUACAAACACAGCAAGCGUUACCCCAUCAAACUCCUGCCCCAGUGGUGAAAAGCAGCGUCGUGAUGAGAUAUCCAGGAUCAAGGUGUUUGUCAAGGUGUUGUUCAACCACAAGGAAGUGUCCAGGACAGGCAAUAGGCCACUCUCACAAGACUUCCGUGUCAACUUUGGUCAGAUCUAUAAUCUGAAGAUUGUACAGUGGCCAGAGAGUGUCAAGUUUCAGAUAUUUGAAAGUCAGGGCUUGAGCAGCACGAUGUUAGCGGAGUUGUACUGCGCUAUCCCAGAAGCCUCUGUCACAUCACAAAACGUCCAGUUGGAGGAGAUUGAGUUCAGUUCCGACCAGAGGGUCCAUUAUAGUCAUGAGGGUGUAGGCAGUGCUGUGCCGUUCAGCUUUGUGGCGUCCGGGGACAACCUGAUCACGCUGAUGACGACAGGAAUACUCAACUCCUCUGUAGCGUGGGCUGUGGAUGAUACUGGAGUACCACUAAUUCCACCGUCUUCCAACCUCUCGACCAACAACAUAUUCAAUGCAAUGAAACAGAUGGACCCUGUGUCAGCCAUUGGUGCUACUGGCGUGGUCAACAUGGAGAAACUGGCCAAAUGGUUUGAGCAGUCUCGACUUGACCCCAAUGAUCCAGCCAACGCUGACCUAGUCUACCUGCUUGGGAUGCGAGACUUCUUCCGCCUGGAGCAGCUCCAGGAGGAGUUUGACCUGACGUCGGACGAGGACAUGGAUGGCAACAAGCGGUUCCGCCUCCUACAGUACCGAGACAGUGAGGUUCAGGAGUUCCGCAACUACAAGUUGGUGCCUGUCUAUGAGAGAGAGAUUCCCAGAGAUGCUUUCACUGAGUACGAGAAGAAACAGAGGGAGGAGGACCGCAUGAAGGCGAAGGAGGACAUUGAGUCACAUCGUGCUGCCGUCAGCAAGUUCAUGCAGAAGGUUCGAGAGCAGGUGAUGCAGAGGUUUCGCAUGGCAGCACAUUCCAAGAGGCUGGAGGACAUGGUGGUGGAAGACGUGGUGCCAAACAUAGGUUCAUUAUUUAUAAGUUUAUCACGUAUCACGGAGCCGAGGCGGCCUUUGAAGCCUGUGAGGAAGGAGAGAAAGAAGGCAACAGCACAGGCGGUGUCAGCCGGGGAGGUGAACAUCCUCAUCAACAUCAUCAGGGCGUCAUACAUACCAGUCAGAAAAACCAAGGGGCCAGCCACUGGUGCUGCCACGUCAAGGGACCCAGAAAGAACUUUAGUCAAGAACAUCACAGGAGAAACAUUAGUGCGGCCGUAUGUGGAGGUGAUGUUUCAGCGAGAAACAGUGAGGAGCAGUAUUGGAGAUGGACCAAACCCCAGCUUUAAUGAGGAACUGUCCCUAGAUCUCAAGGCUCCUAAUGAAGACUUCAGCAGCAACAGUCUACAGCAGAUAACAGACUGCCUCUACCUCAACUUGUUUGAUGAGAAUGUCAUCGACAUCCUGGAGGAUGAUCGACAGAGGGAGAGCAACAUACACCAGCGGAUAGAGAAGAAAUGGCUGGGAUGUCUGAAGAUACCCUUCUCCACGCUUUACCACAACGGCAAAAUUGAUGGUACAUUCCGUUUGAACACACCACCCGUGUUGCUAGGUUACACGUACGACUUGUCCCAGGGUCGAGGGCCUGAUUCAGAAGUAGAGGAGAGCAUUGGUCGAGGCGAGGGCAACACGUACCUCAGUCUCUUCAUCACCAUAGAGCCACCUCUUAACCCCCCAGAACCAAUGAAGGAAAAGUUUUCAACCAAUGAGGACGAGAAGCUGAUGCAGCAUGCAGAGACCUGGCAGGAAGAGCUGAACAAGAAAUACCCUCGUCGACAGUACAAGACCACGGUAGUCGAUGUCAACGGGAAGUCGGUCUUCAUCACUCGAUACUUCAAGUCGCUCAAGCCGCCAGAUGAUAUCACAGGCAAGGAUCUUGGUCCAGAGAAGACAGCGGAGCUGACGGCCAGGUUCGUGUCACUCAUCCCCUCCGUAUCCGAUGCUGUGGUCUUCCCAGGUCUGUGUGACAUCUGGAGCACCUCAGACCAAUUCCUGCAGAUGUUGGCAGGAGAUGAAGAAGAGCAUGCCGUGUUGCUGACCAACUUUUUCCUGGGGCUUUCAAAGAAGGCGUAUCUUCUUAUUGGUUCAGCCAUCCCUGAAGGGCCGACAGCCUAUGUGCUGACAGAGGAAGGAAGUGAUUUCUGGAUCUGGAAUGCUGGGACAGGGGAACACUACGUCUACCGUGACAACUACUGCCCACUACAGUCAGUCAGCUGCGUAAUGAAUGGAGAAAACAUCUGGGCCAACAUCCACCAGUAUGAGAAGCCGUCACAGCUCAACUUCAACCUCAGUGACACAUCAACAUGGCGUCCUUUCUUCGGGCGUGGAUUCUCCAGUCCUGGUCUCAGCAGUAUACAGCCAGAGGCACUGGUGUACACGGGAACCAACAAGAACUAUGUGAUGGACCUCCAGGAGAAGAUUGAACAGAUGUUGAAGAACAAGAUGAUGGAAUGGAGAAGUCGCUACAUCACACGGUGGAACCGCCACUGUACACAGAUCAUGAGAAAACUCCUGCCUGUUCUGGAGGAAAACUGUGGCAAGUCUAUUGGCCAGCAGCACCUGGCAGAGCUGGAGAAUUCUUUCAGCUCAUAUAAGGUAUCUGGCUUCCCGAUGAACAUGCCUUUUGUGGAUCUUGAAACCAUUGUCGAAUCUGUCUUCUCCACCGGAGUCCAUGCCCAGGAAACCAGUGAUGUAGAGUUUGCGCUGGCAGUCUACGUCCACCCGUACCCCAACUCUGUUCUGUCCAUAUGGGUGUACGUCGCAUCCCUCAUACGCAACGAUAGUGCCAUGUGUUAGUGACCAUGUAUAUAGGAAAGACAUUCCAUGAACUGUGCCAGGACAGGAAUACUGUUGCUGUGGGAGUAUCGAUGACGACGAUGUUCUUGUGAAACAACUUGUGAUAUGUCCUGCUUGUUUGGAGUUCUGAAUAUGGCUAAAUGAUAUACCAGGUACUGUAUUCUCGGCACAGAGAAGACGGCAAUGAAGAAGUUCAUGAAAUUGACAUUGCAGCUAACAUUUUCACAUUGUUACCCAAAUUUUCAUUACCAAGCCUAUUUUGUAUAGCAAAAGGUUAAAAAUUGUUGGUUUAAUAGUAGAAAAAUAUAUCAACGUCACAUUGCAUAAGCAAAAAUACCAUUUUAUUUACCUGUAUAAUUCUCUUAUGGAAUUAUUUGGUACAUUUAUUUUAGAUGAAAAAUGACAAUGUUGGUAUUACAAUGUUGAAACAUGUGCAGCAUCAAUGGGCGAGUUGCAAAAAGUGUUUGUUUUUAGACAUGUUCAUAUAUUAUUUUCCAUCGUCAACAAUGGAUGUCUAUAUUUUUUAUCAGAAUGUUGAAACAAGAGCUACACAAGAUUCUGGUGCAACAGUAUUCCUUUCACAGGAACUUUAUUUGUCUACAGCAUCCGUCCAAGAUUCUUAGAUGAUCUCUUUUGUAAUAUAUCAAUACAAGCAUGUCCAUGUAUGCUUGAAUUAUUUAUAUAAAAGACUGACAAAACUA